AUGACCCCCCUUGUGCACGAGAUCGCCAAGCGACCCACUGACCGGAAGAGCGGCGCAGGUGCGCGAUGCCUCGUGCAAGCACGGCGCCAGGGGCGCGGCUCCGAUGUCGCCGAGCCUGUGAUAGUUAGACACAAGGUGUCCGAGUGUCAUUUCUCGGACCGCCCCGCGCGCUUGCUCAAGCCCGAUCCCAAAGACUCGACUAUGCUGCUCAGUGAGCGGAUAAUGCCUUCCCCGCAGCGGGAGACGGCGAUGGAUCGCCUAUUAAACUCCCUUGAGGACCGUGGGAUAGAUCUGGAACAACAGGCCAAAGAUGAAAAAGAGGGUGCGGCGCCGGUGCCGAAAGUGGCACGACUUCUCCGCGAUGGGCAGGGCAAGUUCAUGUAUAUUGGGGAUUCUGCAAGUCUCUCAUUCUUGCAAAGUGUUCGCCGUGUGGUGUCUUCCGCUAUCGGUCGUUGCGAAUUCACUGAAGAUAAUUCGCGACACUCCAUGCUCGAGGCUUUUCAAAGUAAUCCGAGCACUCAACCUGGGCCCCUCGUCCCACCGCCCAGCAAUGAAGAAGCACAGCGACUGGCCCAACAAUAUGUCCUUGCGACUAACCCUUUGCUGGACCUCUUUGAUCUAGAAGAAUUUCACCCGAGAUUGGCCAAUUGGGUGGGGAAUCCAACUGGGGACGAAGACACCGUUAGCUCCAUCUUCUACCUCGUUCUUGCCAUUGGUGCCCAGGUCUCCGACAUCAAUCAAGACCAGGCGGAGCAGUACUUUAGCAGUGGACGUCAACUGGCGUUUGCCGCAUUCCAGGAGACGCCGAGUAUCCACACUAUCCAGUCUUACAUCUUGGUGUCGAUGUACAUGCUCGGCGCGUGCAGGCGAAAUGGCGCUUUUAUGAACCUAGGAAUUGCUUUACGCGCUGCUUAUGCGGUCGGCAUUCAUCGGAAGGACGCAAAUGCGCUCUUCUGCGGUCGAGAACGACGUGCAAGAGAGCGAGUAUGGAAGAGUCUCCGAAUGAUGGACUUGUUCCUCAGUGCCUCUCUAGGCCGCCCACCAGCAACAUCAGACUACGACUAUGAUAUCCGCGAAGAUGUAACCGCAUAUGUUGAUCAGCAGAGAAAUCUGACACCAGAUCAACAGCUUUCGGCUGCGGUCAUCUCCCUCUGCAGGAUCUUUGAACGCAUUCUUACCGAUGUUUAUAUGAAACAAGUCAUCUCAAUCAAUGUUGCCGAAGCCAUCUCAAAUCAACACCGCGCUUGGGUGCGCACUCUACCUUCGAUACUCAAAUUGCAAACGGAGCCACUCGAUAAUAAACCCAUGGAAGACAGUCUCGCUGCAGCCCAUGUCUUUGGAUCUUAUUAUUGGUCCAUCAUCCUCCUUACACGACCAUUCCUCGUUUACCGUGUGGCACAAUAUGUCAAGAGUAAAGCUGACUCGAAUGCUUCGUCUGAUGCAAGGAAUGGCAGCUCCCGCAUUUCUCUUUUCGCCGAUGCAUGUGUUUACUCUGCCCUCCGAGGCCUUGACGUGGUGGAUGCCCUCGGGCACUUCGAAUCUCUCCCACGACGUCUACCCUUCCUGAUCAACUCGGUCUUCAAUUCCGCCGUCGUUCUUGGCGCAGCCUUCUUCGCCGAUUAUGAUAGUCUGCUCCCCCUCGAAGAAGGCAUGAACAAAGCCGAGCGGUUCCUCGGACUAUUCGUUCCACACGAUCCUCAUGCAUGUCGAUUUUUCCAAAUUGUCAAGUAUCUUCGUGGCGCCGUGGCAGAAUACAUCCAGCGCCGCAACCGCCAAUGGAUGGAACGCCGAAGCAGGCAGGUAGAUCAACUUUUCGGCCAGGUUGGCGGCGGCAGUGAACCCGGAUCUCUCCUCUCGAGCUCAGGUCGUGAAAUUGUCCAUCCAAGCCCGCAGAGCCAAAUGCGUCACCAUUCCCCUGCAGUCCCAUCUCCUACAUCUCCCGGCAAACUCGGCGGCAUGACUCCAUCAUCAUUUCUGGCCGCACAGCCACGGCCCUCCGCAGGCCCCCAGCCACCAGGCAGUGAUGUCUGGGAUGCACUCUGUGGCGGGCCAGAUGGAGCAGCCAUGUCCUACGAUGCUGCUAUAUCUGCACUGACCACCUCUGGUAUUCCUGUCGGCUGCUCCCCUGGCGGUACUAUUCCUUCUGGCCAGCCACCGCUCUCCGGUGGUCCUUCUCCGCUGUCUGAUGUGAUGUUCCCCGAGAACGGACUGCUGUACAUGGCCGAAGAUCUCCCGGUGUUUGGCAUCUGGGAUGAUGUUGGGCCUUCACUAUAA